AAUGUCUCGGUGCCUGAAAAGACAGUGUAUGAGAUGUGCAGCCACAUGCCUGAGAUCAUCCUCUUCUACCUGGGAAUGCAGAUUAUUAACAUGUUCAUGGGCAUCCCGACCAACCUCAUAGUCCUGUGGCUAAUCCACCGCAACAGGAGCGACUCGUCUACGUCGGACAUCUUCAUCUGGCACCUGGCUGUGCUGGACACCUUCUUCUGCCUCAUCCCGCCACUGGAGCUGGCCAACCUGCUGUACCUGACCACCAGCAGCACCUGGUACAUAUUGCGCUUCUUUUACGGCAUCAAGGACAUGUCGCCGCUCUUCCUGGCAUGCAUCUGCAUGGACCGCUACAUGGCCGUGUGUCAUCCCAUCGUCUUCUCCAACUUGAAGGACCAGCGCCAUCGUCCCGUGUGUGCCGUUGUCGUGUGGUUCAUCACGCUAGUGUACGCCAUACUGAAGUGCAUGGGCAACAUCCCCAACUUCGACAAAGUGUUCACGGUCAUGAUCCUGGCCACAUUUGCAUUCAUGCUCUUCUGCAACAUCUCCAUCCUGUGGGCGCUGAGCCAAUCGGGUCAAGGAAGGGAUGACAUGCACCCGGUCAAGAAAAGAGCUUUUAAGAUGGUGCUCAUUAUUUUAGCCAUCAUAGUCUUUAACUACUUACCUCCUGUAGCUCUCUUCCCAUUUCAGCCCUAUUUCUCUCCCGAUGUGUUUAAAUGUUAUAUCCAUUACAUAGCUUUUGGCUUCAUGGACAUCAGCAGCAGCAUUCAGCCUGUCCUGUACCUGUCCAAUAAGAAGCUGCAAUGUCCAGCGUGGUGCUGUAAGUGCUGCAGCAAUAAAGACACAGAGACUGGAACAAGGCCUGAGUCAUCCACGGUGUACACUACUAAUGCAUAG